AUGCACAAGACUGGUCAGGACCAAGUGCUGUUAUUGGUGUAUGUCGACGAUAAAAAAUCAACCCUGGUGGGAUGCCGCAGCCCGGCGAUUAUAGCGGAGGUGUACGAAGCUCUGGCGAAAGUGUUGGACGUGACAAAUCUCGGAGCGGUGAAGUACUUCCUGGGUUUCAACAUUCGUUGUGAAAAAGGAGUCUACCGUAUGCAGCUAACCAGCUAUAUCGAGGCGCUCGUCAAGCGUUUUGGACUCGACGAUUGUAAAACGCUGAAGACGCCGAUGGAGGCCGGCUAUAUGAAAGCGGAUGUUCUUGGUCAACCUUUCGACGACACAACACUGUACAGGAGUUUACUGGGUGCGCUCCUCUAUGUGGCCGUUACAGAGCGUCCGGAUAUAGCAGUCAGUGUCUCAAUAUGUACUGGGCCACAGAGUGAGUGCAUCAACGGGCAAGGACUGGAAGGCAGCUUGGCGUAUAUUCAAGUGUAA